UGGGAGGUACUCGUUCUCUCCUCGCGAUCGCUCGAUCUACCCUUCGAACCGGAUUAAAUAACGCGAGGAUUUCUCGACGAGAGAAUUCGUUCGUUGCUCGAUGGGCACCGAGAGGACAAAGAUAUUUCGCUUCGCGGUAGGAAAGAGAUAAUAUCGAGGGCCGACUCGAACAACGUGAAUCAAUGAAGGAGAUCGAAUGGGUGUGGGAAGGGGGCCAGACUCACCGGGUAUUUCUGGAUUCUCGAUGAUUUUCGCGCUGGACAUUUUCCGGCUCGAGUCCAGCGGCGUUCUCUGUUAUUGUCAGAGGAAUGUUGACAGUGCGCGAUAAUUACAGCACGAUAACAGUCCUCGUUUUCGACUCCCUCGCACGCGCGAACAGGUUUCGCGGGUGUCGUUCUGCGGCUCGCACGUUUCGCUGGGGCCCGAUGCCGUUACCAUUCACGCGUCGCCCACGACUGUCAAUAAUUCGACGAAAUAGAAAAGUUAGUGAGGUUAAUAGGCGAGUUUGACAAGCGACCCGACGACAUUACGCGAUAUUGAACCGAGAUGCAAGAUGGCGGCUGACACUACGCUCGUCGGCCGUGGUCUAUCCGAAAUUAUUCGGAUAGCCGAGGGAAAACGGGAUCUCCCAUGGCGAAUCGCCCGGGUGCCGUUCGCACGUGAACGAUGGAGGACAGGGUCGAGCUGCUGAAAUGCCUCGAGGAAAAAAUCUACAGCGGCAGAGCCACCAUAGAUCGUCUGAAACUCGUUGGCAAGAUCGAUGGUGUCGAGAAGCUUAUUCGAAAGUUUCAGCAGGAGAUUAGAUUCUUGGAAAAGGUACAAUCUACAGGGAAUGUAAAGAAGGAGCACCUACAGAGCACCAAUCUGAUCCAUCUGAACGCUAUCGGGGCACGGUUGUUCUGUGCAAACGAGCCUACCAACGUCAUGAAACCGUUCAAGUACCAGAAAUCCAGGCUGGAGGUCGACAUUGUCUGCGACGGAGGCGCAUCCUGGGUUAAAGUAAUUGCCAGAAAUGCCAAAGCUCUCACCCUGAUUUCUAUGGGCAACGGGGAAUACGGGCAGAAAUCUGUGUUGGAUCAAGCGAACUGCUACUUGCAGUGCGCCAAGUGUUAUCCACAUUUGUACAGGCCACCGGACGUGGUGUUUCAUUUUGCUUACGGCAUAGAAGUACCUUUGGCUGCCCAUUUGGAGCGUGUCGGUGUGGUCGUAGAAGGAGAUCGAAUAGACUGCGACGAUAGAAGCACGAGCGUACAAGAAACGGAUGGCAAAUUUUCCACGGGGAUCGUACAGGAUCCUGUAGAGGAACCUUUGGACGAAUGUAAGGAUGACUCCGAUUUGGAAACUUUAAAUACCUCUUCUCUCGCCAAAGAAAUAAACAUUCUUAAUCUAGACGUGUCGACGUUACUGGCAUACGUAACAAACAUGACGAAUGGGUACGAUCAUUUCGUUUACCGGGAGCCUUUGCUCACCCAGCAAGCCGAGAUGGAACGAAAGCUUCCGGUAAAACCGAUUCUAGAGGAAUUAUUCAGUGGCAAAGAGCUGAUCGUCUGUCAGACUGCCUACGAGAAUUUCAUGAACAUCAUAGACGUGAUCGGCGGUCCCAAAGAGUCUGCCAGGGCGAAGGAAUUGUUGAGCAGGGUCCGGAUGGUGGUCGAUCUACCCACAGGCAGGAUCAUGGAGAGGCUAAGCUUGGGUGGGAAAAUCAAGGACAGGUCUCGAUUGGUUUUCGCCACUGGCGAGAACAUGAAAAGUAUCACCGUGUCUGCGAACGAAGGUUUCGUUAGAGCGGCACGCAUGCAGGGCAUCGAGUGCACAGUUUUCCUUCACGAGCCUAGAUCUCUGUCGGAGAUCAAGGAGGGUUACGCGACAAAACUGAGCUCGUCUUGAUAUCGGUUAAAUGCAUUUCAGAUCGUUACAAAAUGGAAUAUACAGAGUACAUGGGAAAUAUUUCUGUUCGUUCGCAUAAAACACGUCCAAAGCCGUUCUCGUCGGAUCAGCCCUGCUGAUCGAUGCCUGUGUCCAUGUUCUCCUCGAACUCUGCAACAACGAGUCACCGUGUACAAUCCGAUUACGAUAGAAAUGUUUCGAGUGUUAACGAACGUGGAAUAAUACCGUCAAUAAAUUUGUUGAAGCGUGGAUUUCUCUCUCUGGCUAA